CACCCCCACGGUCCCCAAAAGGCCCCAAGCCCCAACUUCCCCUUCCUGGGCUGGGCCCGGCCGCGCUGGGGCCACCGGGGCCACGUGACAGCGCUGCCACCACCCCGUGACACCGCGGGGGACAUGGGCGGGGGACACCGGGUGUGGGGGACAACAACACCGUGGGGGACAACAACACCGUGGGGGACAACACCGUGGGGGACACCAGUGUCGGCCGAUGCCAGCACUGCCUGACACCGUGGGUGGCAUCUGGGUGACACUGCUGAUGGGUGACACCAUGACGGGUGACACCACUGAUGGCCGAUGCCACCAUCAGCCCCAUCUGGGGCCGUGACAGCCCCACUCCAGGCCCAUAUAUCGGUGCUGGGGCCCUCAUAUUGGGGUCAGGGCCCUCAUAUUGGGGUCAGGGCCCUUAUACCGGUGUCAGGGCCUUCAUAUCGGUUUCUGGGCCUUACAGCGCUUCCUGGGCUCAUACAGAACCAAUUCGAGCUCAUACAGAACCAAUCCGCUCCCGUUUGUCCCAUUUUGGUCCGCUCACCCCCAUUUGGUCCCAUUUAUCCCCAAACUGAUCGCAUAGAUCCCAAAUCAGGGACCCAAUCAGGGCUCGUUUUAUUCCCAGUCGGGGCCCAUUUAAGCCCAGUCUGCUCCCGUACAGCCCAACCCGGCUCCGUAGAACCCCAAUCCGGGCCUGUUUGACCCCAAUUGGGGCCGAUUUAGCCCAAAUUUUCCCGCUCUCCCGUUGCCACGACGACGGCGCGCGGCGCCCCCCAGCGGCGCGGAGGACCCGGAAGCAGCUCCCGUUGCCGCGGUAACGGCGACGCUGCCGAGAGACGGAACCGGCACCGAAGGAACCGAACCGGGACAGAACCGGCACCGCUGGGACGGGACAGGAACCGAACCAGCCCCGCUGGACCGAACCGGGACAGAACCGGCACCGCUGGGACGGGACAGGAACCGAACCAGCCCCGCUGGGACCGAACCGGGACAGAACUGGGACCGCUGGGACGGGACAGGAACCGAACCAGCGCCGCUGGGACCGAACCGGGACAGAACCGGCACCGCUGGGACGGGACAGGAACCGAACCAGCCCCGCUGGGACCGAACUGGGACAGAACCGGGACCGCUGGGACCAAACUGUGGCCGGUGAGACCGAACCGGGACUGAGCCGGGCCCGGUAGGAUCGAACCGCGGCCGGGCCGUGCCCGGUGGGACAGGACCGGGACCGGGCCGUGCCGGGUGAUACCGGGCCGUGCCCGGCGGUCCCGCCCCAUGGAGCCCGACGCGCUCGUGCAGUGCCCGUACGACCGGAGCCACCAGGUGCGCGUGUGCCGCCUGCCCUAUCACCUGGUGCGCUGCCAGCAGAACAACCCGCAGGUGUCCCGCACCUUGGCCACGUGUCCCUUCAACGCUCGCCACCGCGUCCCCCGCGGCCACCUGCGCAGCCACGUCACCUCCUGCCCCGACAAACUCCCGCUCGAGCUGCCCCCAGACCCCGAGGACGCGGCCGGGGAGCCCCCCUCGCCUGGCAGCCCCCCCCGUGCCGGGAGGACUGGGACGCAGAGCUGAGCGAGCUGCAGCUGGAGGAGCCCCCCCCGUUCAUCCUGCAGGUCACCAAGGGGGAUCUGCCCACCCCCUGCUACAGCUCCGACCCCGCCACCCCCUCGGAGCGGCUGUCACCGAGGAAAUCCCGGCCGGCGACAGCGGGACCCCGCCCGGGGACAGCACGGCCCAGGACGGCGGCAGCGGGAGGGGGCUCCUCCAAGGGCCGGGGGGGUCCUGGGGGCCGGGAGGGGGCUCGGAGCCGGAGGGGCCCCUCCGGCUUUUAAAUAUUUU